CGCAGACAGCGCCUUUCCGCAUUCGGGCAUAGUUGAGUGGCCUAAUAGUAUUCUGCAUACGCUGACGGUCACCACUCCUCAACGGCACUUGCACCAUCCUCCCUCACGCACCUUAACCUCUUCCGCACCAGAUACUGCAGUCAGCCCUUUGUAUACAUACCUAUUCAAUAAACGUCCUUGGACCUGGAAAUUCUGGGAGGUGCUUUGAUCCCGCUUUUUGAAUUGCAAGCAAGGAUGCACGCAACAGGACCGGCCGCUGGGCUGCGCUGCCAGCCAGUUGCUUUGCCUACUCUGGGGCAACGAGUCAGGGGCGGGCCGGCCCAGACCUCUGCUGUGAGGCCAUCAUCGUCUACACAGGCACCGGCCUCUUGCAGCCGGAGGUGUUCUUCCUCUAGCGGGCUUGGAUACCAGCAGCCAACCCGUCGCCUUGUCCAUGCGCGCUCCGCUGAGACGGAGGACGAUGGCUUCACCGCAGCACCCAACGACAUGCAAGAGGCACGCAUUAUCGUGAUCACCUCGGGGAAGGGUGGUGUGGGAAAGACCACGUCAUCCGCUAACCUAGGCAUGUCCAUUGCGCGGCUCGGCUACAAGGUGUGCCUUAUCGACGCGGACAUUGGACUCAGGAACUUGGAUCUUCUACUAGGGCUUGAAAACCGAAUCUUGUACACCGCUAUUGACAUCCUGGAUGGCGAGUGCCGUCUGGACCAGGCGCUCAUCCGCGACAAGCGGUGGAAGAACCUCUCGCUGCUUUCCAUGAGCCGCAACCGGCAACGGUACAACGUGACCCGCGCGCACAUGGUUCAGCUCUGCGAGGCCAUCAUUGCGCUGGGCUACCAGUUCAUCAUCCUGGACUGCCCCGCCGGCAUCGACGUGGGCUUCAUCAACGCCAUCUCGCCCGCCAAGGAGUCGCUCAUCGUUACCACACCGGAGAUCACCUCCAUCCGCGACGCCGACCGUGUUGCGGGCCUGUUGGAGGCGAACGGCAUCUAUAACGUGAAGCUGCUGGUUAACCGGGUGCGCCCCGACAUGAUCCAAAAGAACGACAUGAUGUCGGUGAAGGACGUGCAGGAGAUGCUGGGCAUCCCUCUGCUGGGAGCCAUUCCAGAGGACCCCCAGGUGAUCAUCUCAACCAACCGCGGCGAGCCGCUGGUGUUGCAAAAGCAGCUGUCCCUCAGUGGCAUUGCCUUUGAGAACGCGGCUCGGCGGCUAAUUGGGAAGCAGGACUACUUCGUUGACCUGAACAACCCGCACAAGGGGUUGUUCCAAAAGAUUGGCGAGAUGUUCAGCAACUAAGGCUGGAGGGAGGCCCAUGCGUGAUUCAUGUGUGUGUCCUAUUUCAUCGAGAGAAUUAGCCUGGAGUGCCAUGCCAAUCCUGUAUGUAAGCUACUAGGGGCCAGUUCGCUAGAUCUGUUGGGAAUAGUGUAUAACCCAGGGGCAAGCAGUAGGACAAAGAAGGGCCGAAGAGGUAGGACAAAGAAGGGCCGAAGGGGUAGGACAAAGAAGGUCCUGAGGGGAGGGUUGGUCGACGGGUUGCAAGCAUUAACAGCAUGGCUGGCUGUAUGGCAGGCGUCAGGGCAAGUGGCGAGGUUUCCCUAGUCCGACGUAGAUGCCUCGGUAAAGUGCUUAGACAGGCAUAGUGUGUUGGCCGUAGUCGGCAGGCACGAAAGAUGUAGCGCAUGGCGUUUUCCUCAUCGUGUACCAUUCAUGCUGCCGUGUUGUAGAGGAUUGCGAUUGGAUUCAUCGUGUGCCCACAUGUGCUGCUGCUGUGAUCCUAAUUAACUAGUGAAGGAUCUUUUGUUUACAACACCGUAGGGGUACGUAUGCUUCCCCCACUGAAUGUGACUACUACUGUGGAGAUGGGGGUGAAUAUUGGCAACAAAACCCAAUGUUACCGGUUAAUGUCCUGCCGUGGCCAGCACCUUGAGCAUUGAAGGAUGCGGAGAUCACACUGGGGGACAAUUGCAGAGAUCGCCUUAGAUCAAAUGUUGUGUACGGCAGCAGCCAGGAC